GGUGCGGCCACCUCUCGCCAUGUUGGUGUCAGUGUCUUUAGUGUUUCCCGCUAAGCCCAGCUCGUGGGGCCGAGGAGGGCAGCCUGGAAACCUGACCCGAGGGCAAGCGAAGGGGGGAGAACCGGAGCGCAAAUGAAAAGACUCCUGAUCGCGGCGUUCCCUUCUCAGAGAGCCUGGCGCUCGUCAAGCCAGUCUCAUGAUUCUGGGCAGCCGGACGCACGUUUUAGCUGUUGGGGUUGGCAGUCCUGGAGAUGCUGCAGCGUCCCCUUGUCUGGUUAUGCAUAGGGUUGCUCCACAGAGGGAUAACAUCUCAUAAAUGGAUUCAAAGUAAGCUGCAAGGUUAGGAAAGAAUUGUGGAGUGCAUGCUCUUAGAAAACUUCCCAAAUGAAAUCUAUGAGACCUGAGACAAUGGAGACGUUGCCUGAACUCUAUGACGUCUUCCAAGGAGAGGUUGCUGCUGUAACAGAAUAUGGGGCCUUUAUAAAAAUUCCAGGCUGCAGGAAACAAGGCCUUGUCCAUAGAACCCACAUGUCAGCCUGUCGGGUGGACAAACCCUCGGAGAUGGUAGAUGUUGGAGACAAAGUAUGGGUGAAGCUUAUUGGAAGAGAGAUGAAAGAUGACAAAUUGAAGCUGUCUCUUUCCAUGAAAGUUGUCAACCAAGGAACAGGAAAGGACCUUGAUCCAAACAAUGUUGCCCUUGAUCAGGAUGAGCGGAAGAAACGUUCAUUCAGAGACUACACUAGUCAGAAGAUUACCCUGGAAGCUGUCUUGAACACUGUCUGCAAAAAAUGUGGUUGCAAAGGUCAUUUUGCCAAAGAAUGUUUUGUGCAGCCUGGGGGAACCAAGUAUAGUCUGAUACCGGAGGAGGAUGAGACAGCAGAAUAUGAAGGUGAUAAAAAGUCCAGCCAUGCUGAGAAUUCUUCAAAGAAAAAAAAAAAGGAAAAGAAGAAGAAAAAGAAACACAAGAGCAAGAAGUCAUCAGAGUCCAACAAUUCAGACAGCUCCGACUCAGACAGUGAUGGGGCUCAGCCAGCCAGCAAGAGGGCCAAGCGUUCGGAGAAAGCCAGUAAGCCUCAGAAGAAGAAGAAGAAAAAGAAGCACAAGAAAAAGCACAAGGAAUGAGGAGGAGAGAAGCUAGAAAAGGGGCACUGGUGUUGUCAACUCCCUGCCUGCCUGCUCGCUCUAGCCUUCUAGAGUAAACUGCCUGGAGAGAGUAGAGUUAAAUCACUACACACUUGCUUCAGGGAUGAAGAACUUCCUUCUAAAAGCAGCAUUCAGCCAUUGAUGUUAAAGAUGUUGACUUUGAAAUUAGUUAUCCACUAUAAAGUUACACAGGCUGCCAUUCUCCUGCUGAGAGCCCAGUGGUUGUACCUGCCAAAAUAGAUUCAUUACUCCUAUUCAUCAGUGACUCUCCCCUCCUGUAAAAGCUUCAGGUUCCUCUGAGUGAGCUGCCAGGGCUGCAGGGAGUUCCUUUGAAACAGCAAGGAGUGUGCAGGACAGCAGCAGCGUAUCCAGUGCCUGUCAAAGGGUGACAGCUGUGCCGCUUUGGUCCCUGCCAACCAGUCCCUGCAAAACAUUAGAGGGAGCCACUCCCACACCCUGUCAGCCGACUGUCUAGUCAUGGGCACUGCCUCCCUGCUGACUGUUACAGUUAUCGCCCCUCUGCAUCUCAGUCCUGCCCUAUGGACUGUUUUUGUAUCGGUGUAACUCUGUGGCUAGGGGUGUGAUUUUUGUUACCAAUAGAGUUAUACUGGUACAACUCCUAGUGUGAGCUCAGUUAUGCUGGUAUAAAUGUCCUUAUCAUAGGCGCCGACUGCAUGUGUGCUCUGGGGCUGGAGCACCCAUGGAAAGAAAAUAGUGGGUGCUCAACCCCCACCAGCAGUCCCACAGAUCAGCGCCUCCCAACCGCCCUGAUCAGCUGUUCAGUGGUAUGCAGGAGGCGCUAGGGGAGAGAGGAUGGGAAGAGGCAGGGUGGAGUAGGGGCAGGGCCUGGGGCAGAGCAGGGGUCCAGCACUCCCAGGGAAUCACAAAGUUGGCACCUCUGAUGCAGCUUAUUCCCCUGCUGUAUGGGAAUGGCUGUACCAGUAUAAGUCAUCUUUAUACGAACGUACAUCCACUGUAGGGGGAUUGUAUUGCUUUAACCACACUGGGAUAAUAAAAGCAGAACCAUUUUUGUGUGUAGACAACCCCUCAAUCUUUCCAUUCUGCCUGUUAGCAGUGGCAGAGGGUUGGUAACAAAUCAGCUAAAUUAUGUUAUGGAGACACUCAAGGUAAACAUUAGCUUUGUCAGUAUUGCUAAUUGUGUAAAUUCUGAAAAAUAAACCUCUGAAAUGCUAAAUUA